UUUUGUCGCAGCAGGAUCACAGUUUCCUUGCACGCGUCGCUGCUAUUUUUGUGGUCGCUUUUUUGUGAUUUACUAUUGUGCUAUAUACUCGCACAUACAUAUGUACUUACGCACAUACGCACACACACACAUACACACACUCCGCAGGAGUAGGAGGAUACAUAAACGUAUUUGAAUUGAGAUAAAAUUUAUAUUUUGUGAAAAAUUAGCAGACAAAAAAGUUGAAUUUUCCGCAUUUUGUAUGGAGUGUCGACGGCGGCCAAGAGUUUUGGGUAUGAAAAAAUACCGUUAGUCGUGUAUAAGUUUAAUGUCUCUGAACUCGGAGCUGAUGCUUCAAGCGACAAUUGAAAUGGCUUUGUGAAGUAUUUAAAAAAGUUAGUAGUUCUUAUGUGACUUAAAAGCGCAAGCAAAAUUAACUCAUUCUUUGGAAAAAACUGGAAAAAAAUUUAAAACAUUUCUCAGUGCAAUAGUGUUGGUUAACUAAGGUAAAACAGUAACAAAUCAACACCAUGGAUAGUUCACCUGAUCUAUCCUUGAAGCUACGUCGUGGCUCGAGCGAUUCACGUGACAACUUUUACAUGGAUUUCGCACAGGGUAUUGACUCUGACAUCGAGGAGGUAGACAAUAGCGCCUUGCCGCUCGAACCGCAACAAGCACCGCCACCACCCCUGCCCAUAGUAGCGCCCGAAGCUAUGCUUGGCGCUGGUUUUAUACCGCCACCACCAUUGGCCAUGCAGGGUCAACCGUUGCCCACACUCACCGAACACGAUGAUCUACCGCCAACACCGCCACCACAACAAGAACCCAAUGGUACCGUGGUUGAUUCGCCACCGCCUUCGCCCACAUCAUCUGUACUUGAAAUGAUACCACCACCACCGCUAUCGCCACCCAUGAUAACACCACCACCAUCAAUACGCACGCUGGCACCACCAUCGCCUCCGAUCGAGACUGAAGAUGAGGGUGAUGAUGCCGAUGUAGAUGAGGAGGAAGAAGAAGAUGAUGAUAAGUCUACACCGCCACCACCAUUACCGCCACUACCAUCGAAUUUCUCGUACGUGCAUGGUAAUGGUGCACAUGGAUCAGGCUUAACGGGAGCGGCUGGCAGCACACCACCGGCCACUAAGUCGCCAUCAACUUCCCCAUCACCACCGGAUACCCCACCGCCAUGCCCUAAAAUGGCACCUUCGAAGUUGGCCUCGCCACCACCACCACCGCCGAUGCACUCACAAUUGCCAAUGCCACCAUUGACGCCACCCUCAGAAAGUGAUCAAUCGCAACCGAACUCGCCACCACCAUUGCCACAACAUGCACCACUGCCACAAUCACCACCCCGUUCCACUGGUUCACCUGCUAGUUCGGCGCGUUCGAUUGGCUCCCAACAGCGAGUGAUCGUGGCUUCGCCACCGCUUUCCACCAGUUCCCAACCACGUUCGAUGGGUUCACCACAAGGCUCGAUCAGCUCACCACCGCACUCAGCAAGCUCUCAACCGCGAUCAACUGGCACACCACCACGUACUAGGGAGUUCGUUGAAGAAGACGGACCGGCAACACCACCACCAGAUUUUGGCGAACCGAGUGAUGUCAUUGCCGCCGCAUUGGCGGCAGCAAUCGAAGUGAAAUCCUGUGAACUCAUACAGGGCAUAACACAAGGCAAUGCCUAUCAUAUGAUCGAUGAAAAUAAAUCACUAAAUGAAGAUGAAUCUACGACGAUAACUACGCCACCGAGUAAUGGUUUUUCAGCAUCCUCUAUUAUUGCGCCACCUGCCGAUCAUUUAGGUGAAAUGGAGCAAGAAACAGACAUGAUGUUAGCUGAUAUACCGCCACCGCCAGGCAUGGAGGAUGAGUUGCCUGAUGAAAAUCAGCAACGAGAAGAAAUGGAAGUAGAAGAACAAGCAAACAAACUAUCAGAAGAACCUAUGGAAGUUGACGAAACGGUUGAAGAGGAGGAUGUGCUCAGUGAUAGAACGCCAAUGUCGGAGCGUCAGCUAAGUGAGGAUCACACAACCGCAGACACCCCAGCCGACGAGGUGGUGGAGACACGUGGCACACCCACCUCUCAAGCAACGCCACGCAGCACGCCACAACCAACACCACCAGCUUCUGGUUCGCCCAAGAAAAAACGCAGUAGUAUUACAGCCAGUGGUGGCAGCGGUUCCGGCAGCCGUGGACCGAGCCGUAGUGCCAGUCGUAGUGGCAGUCAUAGUGGUAGUCACGGUGGUAGUCGUAAUGCUAGUCGCAGCGGUAGCGUGCGCGGUAGCAUUGCAUCACGUGCUGGUAGUAUAGCAGCUGCAUCCGUGGCAUCAGCGGCUGCAUCGGUUGCAUCCGGUUCACAGCAAGUAGUUGAAGUAGCAGCAGUGAAAUCAGUGGCUGCAGUUACAUCACCGCAAACUUCUAUAAAAUCAAUACGCAGCCAACCAGGUUCAGUAAAAUCUUCAUUAUCAAAGCAUAGCGCAUCACCACCUAUGAUGAAGAGUCCUCCCGAAGGUGAUCGACCACCGGUGAUGCCCUCACCGCCUACUAUGCGUUCACCACCAGUUAUGAAGAGCCCACCAAUAAUGCAUAGUCCUCCGAAGGUGACCAGUCCACCAAGGGUAUACAGUCCACCAUUGGUGAGUAGUCCACCGAUGCGUAAAAUGGACUCGAUUGAGGCAGAAAAAGAUGAUGAGGAGAGAAAAAGUGUCAAAGGACCAGCAGGUGCGAGCACCUACAGCGACUCAGCGGCCGCAUCUAGUGAAACACUGGACGCCGCUUCGGUUCUCUCACCCACAAUGGGCGCCGCCACAACGCCUGCCGCUGCCACUGCCACUGCGGCCAGCACAACGCUCAGCUACCAGGACGAGCAGCAGCCGCAGCAACAUAUUAUGCGCGCACACCUUAGCAGUCAUCACCACUACCACCUGCCACAUCAAUUUCAACAUCCCCACCAUCAAAAUCAUCAUACGCAUGGUGGCGUGCCAGUAGCCACGCCUACAGUGCCCGCCAGUUAUGCGGGGACACAACACUUGUUGCAUCACCACCAUCAGCACAAGGCGAAUUCCUAUAGUAGCAGUGCAAUGGAUGAGGAUAGUAGCGGUAGUGUGAGUGGUAUGAGUAGCGGUCCACCGCAACCGCCUGCUAAACCACCACACAUCACAACACAAGAGCGUCGUUCGCCACCUAGCACAGGCGCUGCGUCUGCAGUAGCUACAACAUCGAGUCUUUUGCUAGCCGCAGAUGCUGUGCCCACACCCUCUGUUUCGCCAGGACGCUUAACCUCACGUUCCGGUUCACAUCAUCGUGUUACAAUCGAUGAAUCGAAUAUAGCCACUUCGUCGGCGUUGAGCCAUCAGCUGGAUGUACGUGGUGGUGGUGGUGGUGAUGAUGGUGAUGCUGGCAGUGGCGGUGGCGGUGCAGGUGGCUCGGGUCCGCCAUCGCCGAGUUCAUCGAAUCGGCGUCUUUCGUCGGCGUUAGGUGAGGAUCGUCAGACGGGGCAUUUAGCGUUAAUGUAUCACUCGCAUCAGCUGACCAGCUAUCCGGUAUUGCCAGCUAUCAAACGUACACAUCGACCGUCGUUCAUAUAUCCACCGAUGCCGCGGGUCAGAGCUGGUGAUGCCCUGGCUACACUCUUCUCGGCUUUAUACGGAAAAUUGUUGGUGGUGAUGGGUAUCGCGUUUCCAAUGGCUGAAGUUAUAUCGACAUAUAUACCACCUUCGUUUUAUGAGGUGUAUUACCUAUACUUGUACAUUGGCAGUAUGAUUUUCCUGCUCUUCAUGUACGCCACACUAUUAUGGGGGCGACCCAAAAUGCCAGCGAAUAUAACUUCACCCAGCAAAUCUGCAUCAAAAGCGCGCUCCUCUACCGCCUCGGAGAGUAUGGAUGAAUCGGACACUGACAGCAAUUCGAUGCAUAAUAAACGCAUACCGACCGUUAUACCCGCCCGAAGGCCCUCGCUACUGGCACCGCUCGGUCGUCAACAUCACUAUGGAUCCUUCUAUCUGAGAAUGGGCGCUGUGGCUUUCGGCAUUGGCAGCAUGAUUUAUUCAGGCUUGGAGUUUGGCCAAUAUUUUGAGUUGAAUCCGGAUACCAAAUGUCAUAAUGUCCUUCUGGCAUUGACACCAGCGACGCGAAUGGCAUUCAUUUUUAUACAAAUGUAUUUUAUAUUUCUGAAUAAUGAGCAAAUCAAGGUGUAUCGCUAUAAAAUAAUCGCACGCUUCGGUCUCAUGCAUAUGAUCGGAACCAACUUGGCGGUUUGGCUGAAUGUGUUGAUACAGGAGACGAAACACGAAAUCUUAACAUUCUACAACCCAGAAAACCGCACAUUACGCAUUUCACAUCGCAUCCCAGGACACUCACGUGGGCACAUCAACGCGCCGGCUGUGAUACCCACAGAUCCAACGGCACAUUUACGAAUACCACGUGGCCUGAAAGGACCCUAUCAGAUUUUCGAAUGCCGACGUACAAAUAUACUCGGCACACUCGUGCAAGACGCCUCACCGUUCCUCUUUCCCUGCACCAUUGAGUAUUCACUCAUCUGCGCCGCUAUUUUGUAUGUGAUGUGGCGUAGCAUAUCGCGACCACCAACACCAGCGCCACAACGACCGGACACGAUCAGUUCGCCGAUGAAGCGUUCACCCCAUCAUUAUUCGGUGGAUUGUGCGCGUGCCCAUAAGGGUCUCUUCGUUGGCAUACUCAUACUCGUGCUGACCAUCAUUUCGCUCAUUCUCUUCUUCGUGUUGAUCUCGCGACCGGAUUUUGUCGCCCUGGCCGUCACCGAGGUUACCAUCUGUGAGUUGCUCAUCUAUGGCACGGCGACAAUAGCGACACUCAUUGGAAUGAUACAAAUACGACAUUUACAGUACGAUUGGUAUCGCAGUUUCUCUUUGGAUGAUAUUUUGCUGGUUGGCGCACAAACGGGUUCGUUCUUAUAUAAUAUAUUCACAGUUAUUGCUGGACACUUUACGUUGCGAAGUGACGACAUGCUGGUACCGUUGAAUGCACUCGCCUCCAUUGUGCAGACUGCUUGCCAAACACUUUUCAUAUUGGAUGCCAGCCGACGACAGGCGAUCACACCGGAACAUAUACGCAAAAAACCCGGACGAGAGAUCGUCACAUUUAUGCUGGUCGUAAAUUUGGCCAUGUGGGCUAUUAGCACGCUGGAGAAGUCACGCGCCGAGUCGCAUCCCAUACAGCUGAAUUUCUACGGUCUCUGGGCGUGGACGAUAAUUACGCAUGUCUCCAUGCCAUUGGCCAUCUUUUAUCGUUUCCACUCAACGGUUUGUUUGUGCGAAAUCUGGAAGCGUGCCUAUAAACUGAAACCGGCCUAUAUGUGAGAGUAUGCGCGUGAGCGCAUUGCCAGCAUUGCGCAACAGCAACAAUUCUGCGAAGAUCUUAAGACCAAUUUGUCGUAUUGUUAUUGCUCGACAACAUUGGCCGGUGGCGAACUCGAGACCGUCGAAGAGGCGGAGAGUGGCGAGAGCAACGGCUACGAAGAAGAUGACGAGAUUGAGGAUGGUGGCGGCGGCAAUGCUGAUGGUGACGUUGGUGGCGCUGGUACCGAUUCGACGACAGCGGUGUUAGAGGGUAGUGUUGGCGGUGAUAUUGGUGGUGGUAAUGGCACCGGUACAGUAACAACCGAAGAGGAAGGACGAGCGAAGCAAACGAAAACGAAAAAUGGCAAUGAACAGAAAAAGCAGGCGAGGCAACGUCAUGUCAAAUUGGUGGACUGUAGGGGUAAUGGUCGGGAUAAUGGUAAUGGUGGUAGUGGAAGUGGUGGUGGUUGUGGUGGUGGUGGUAAGCCUACCGCAUUUUGUCCGGUAUUUGUGAUAAAUGGUGAAUGAGUUUACGAGGAUUUUGAGUUCAUCGAUGCGGGCAGUGAUCGCGAACUCACUUUUGUCUAAGCAAUGCCGGUAGGAAAUAGGUAGAGAGUGUGAUGAGUGCAGAGUUGGCAUCGAAGGUACGAUGAGUAACGAUUUUCUUUUAUUAGGAAACAUUUCCUGCGAAGUCAGUACUGAGAAAAAUAAGGAUGGUUGACUUUGCGUAAGUUUAGUGAAAAGUUUUGACAAAAAGAAUAUACCUUUAAAACAGUGAAGCUAAUAAACCAUUUUACUAAAAGCUAGUUUUCACGUAGAGAACUUCGAGCGGUUUUUAAUAUACAUACAUAUAUCUUCGCAUAAGUAAUUAAAUCUUGAAAAAAAAAGAAAAUUAAAUUUGUCAAUUUUUUCAUUCUCUUUCUACUUUUCGAGUGCUUCUCAAAUUGCCUCGUGGGUACGUAAUAGAGGUACUUUUUAUGUUUAUAGGGUUUAAGCUUGGGCAAGAAAGGACUCAUGGGUACGUGUUUCAAAAUCAUCAUGAUCCCGAUCCACCCGCGGAGCAAAAGACCAUCACUAGUCACCAUGGAAAUUUGAUAUGAGUUUUGUCUAAUUUUUUACAAUAGUAAACGCGGAAAUUAAUUGAAACCUUUAAUUUUUACGAAAAUUCUUCUUCCACUUCAUACUUGACAUAAGUCGACUCAGUUAAAGCACGCUAUUUUUUUUUAUAUAUAGUUCGACGCUCAUUGAAAACACUAAGUGAAACAGGAUAAUCAGCUUCGCUUAUCUUUAAUCUAAAGGAAUGGAUGCCUUCAUCUUCCUUUACUUCAAUCAGCGAGUACGGUAUCGAGUUCUUUCCAAGCUGUAGUAUUGUCAAUCCGUUCAACAAGACCUAACCAGUGUCGCCGCUAUUUUUUUUAACAGCUAACUCAAUCCAUCGUCGUUUGGGCAAACAGUUCAUUGUUCCAUCAUCUACGGCGCUUGGCGUUGUAGUAGUCUGAAAUUCGUUUGCUAAAUCUUUUUCGCGCAAACUUCUUGUGCUGACUUAUCGAUUGUCGUCAUCGUUGACCUUUCGAUACCAUAGAGUAGGAGUAAAAUAAUGAGCGCCUUGAAGAACUUGAUUUUCGGUCAUCGAGAGAGAACUUUAUUUUUCAAUUGCUUACUCAGUUGAAAAUAGCAAUUUUAUAGGACCCAGUUCCAACCUCCUUCUUCUACAACUUGAUGGUUGCUUUCAGUUCCCCUGCUCCCUAUGGUUCAUACAAAUGUUCGCUGGACAAUAUACUUUGGAAUAAUAAGAUCUAUACAUGCUCCACUCACCAGCUGUUAUGAGAUCUGCGCAGGCAGUCCGUAUUUUUAUUUACGUUCUCUUAGUGUAAAUGAAUUCUGUCCAGAGAAAACUUUUGACUAGAAAAUUUCGAAAAAUGCCAACAGAAGAUGCUCUUGAAUUGGAAGUUACUUUCCCACCACCUUAAACUUAAACAACAUAUUCAAUUAUAGAUAACCCCUCUCUGAUGCAGAAAUUUUAAUUUUCUGCAGAAUUUUGGCUUUGGUCAGCGCUGAUCUAAGGGAAAGAUCUCUCUCCGCUUUGUAUGCAUGUCAGUAAGUCCGUUGAAUGCGGCAUCAUGAUUUUUCAUGAAGUUUAUUGUCUAAAAGAGCAGUCUCUUAUCUUUCUGAAGAGACUUUGUAACGUAUGAGAGAGUCUAACGCUUGUUCUAUUAAACUUUCCAGAGAGCGCCUGCUGUCAACUAGUACACUCUUCUAAAAAGAAAAAGUUCAAAGUCCUGUCUUUGAAAAAUUUGUACCAAGAAAAAGCAUGUUAAGAGUAAUAAGAAAAUUAAAUAAAAAGAAGUGUUACAGGUUAGAACCCCUACCCCACAAAAUAGCCAGAUUAGAAGUGUUUAAUGGAAAUUUUCAAAAGAGUUGCAUUUAAAAAAAUAUUAGCAGGCAAAUUAGAGCAUUUAUAUCGCAAGGUAAAAGCAUUCAAAACUCCAUUGAGUUGGAAAAUCACUAUAAAUUUCGAAUUAGCAGUAAUAAUAUUCGUGUUAGUUAUAUACUUAUACAAAAGGAAAUGUAAGAGAAAAAUAAAUAUAAUACGAAACUGUUCGAAACUCACAAAAAAAAAACAUAGGGAAUAUAUACUGGAAAAGAAAAUAAGUAUUCAAAUUUAAUAU